AUGAGUGCUAUUUUAUCAGAUGCUGACUUGAAUGACUUCAUAAGCCCCGGGUUAGCAUGUAUAAAGCCUGCUGGUGAAGUACGAGCCAAUAAUUCAAAUGUUGAUGAUGGUGCUUUUGAAAUUCAAAUAGGUUCAAAUGGUGAAGCUCUUGAAGUUUCUGUGGAUGAUGGUACUGUUAAAGACCUACCCAGUGCUAGUAUAUCUUUGCAAGAUUGUUUAGCAUGUAGUGGGUGUAUUACAUCUGCUGAAGAGGUGUUGUUGGCAAAACAAACUCAUACUAUAUUACUGGAAGAGUUGAAUCAGAAUUUAGAUGACAAGAUAUUUGCAAUGAGUGUUAGUCAUCAGGCUAGAGUUUCAUUAAGUGCAUUUCUGAAUAUACCCAUUAUCAAAGUUGAUGAAUUAUUGAUGAAUGUUUUCAGUGAGAAAUAUGGGUUUAAAUUUGUUGUUGGUACAGAAUUGGCAAGAUUAUUAUCAAUAGCAAAGACAAAUAACGAAUUAAUUCAAAACAAAUUACAAGGAAGUUCAAAAGUUAAUCUUUCGUGUAUCUGUCCUGGGUUUGUCUUGUAUGUUGAAAAGACAAAACCUGAAAUAUUACCAUAUUUAUUGAAUGUUAAAUCUCCACAACAAAUCACAGGAUUAUUAAUGAAGACUUUAAUUUCAAGACAAAUGAAUACAACACCAGAUAAGAUUUAUCACCUUUCCAUUAUGCCAUGUUUCGAUAAGAAAUUAGAAGCUGCAAGACCAGAAGAAUCAUCAUCAGACUCCACAAUUGAUGUUGAUUGUGUAAUCACUCCAAAAGAACUAAUAGAACUAUUCAAAUCAGAAAACAUCAACAUUUUAGACUAUAUUACCAAAUCACAAGAAUCACCAACAUCACUUUACUCACAAGCUGCACCACAACACUGGCCAUUCCCUAUUGAAUCCUGGGACUCUAAUUUUGGUUCACCAAGUGGUGGAUAUGCUCAAAACUACAUCAUUGCAUUACAAUCAUAUUAUACAACACAGGGAAUAGAUUCAAAAAUAAAAGAGAUCAAAGGUAAGAAUAGUGAUGUUUUAGAAUUUCAAUUAAUAGAUUCUCAAGGAACAAAAUUAGGAUCUUCAGCUAUUGUUAAUGGUUUUAGAAAUAUUCAAAAUCUAGUACGGAAACUAAAACCAAGUGGUCGUGUUAAAGUUGGAUCUGGUAACGCACUUACAUCUCGUCGUAAAGCACGUUUGCAACGUGGUGGUGAUAGUGGCGUUAAUGAAGAAACUGCUGAUCCUGCAAGUUGUGAUUAUGUUGAAGUUAUGGCAUGUCCUGGAGGUUGUAUUAAUGGUGGUGGUUUGAAUGGACCUGUUGAAAAUUCCAUCGCAAACAAUAAAGAAUUCUUAAGUUUGAUGGUGGAGAAAUACGAAAAUGAAUUGAAAUUAGUUGAUAAAUUGAAUGAUGAUGUUAGUUUACAACAAUUUCUUGAGAAUUUCAAACAAGAGUUUGGAAUAGAGGAUAAAAGAAUUUUCAACUACAAGUUGAAUGUGAUUGAGAAAUCUAAUGAUAUUUUAACAGCUGGUAAUAAUUGGUAA